GGAUCGGACUCUCUCUCUUUCUCUCUCUCUCUCUCUUCUCUUGCUUGAGGGGGAACUUCGCCAUGUCUCGCCAAGCGUCGAAGCUGCUCGGGUCCGCCGCCUCUCGCCUCUUCUCUCUCCGCUCCCCCUCCCCCUCUUCGUCUCCCUCCUCCUCCUCCGCCGCCGCCACCCAAUUCCGGCGAUUCGCGGCGGCGCCGCCGCCGCCUCCGGCGGUGUUCGUGGACAAGAACACCCGGGUCAUCUGCCAGGGCAUCACCGGCAAGAACGGCACCUUCCACACCGAGCAGGCCAUCGAGUACGGCACCAAGAUGGUAGGUGGGGUGACGCCUAAGAAAGGUGGUACUGAACACUUGGGUCUUCCUGUAUUCAACACAGUAGCAGAGGCAAAGGCUGAGACAAAAGCUAAUGCAUCAGUUAUUUAUGUUCCACCACCAUUUGCUGCUGCUGCGAUUUUGGAGGCUAUGGACGCAGAGUUAGAUCUUGUUGUGUGUAUUACUGAAGGAAUUCCUCAGCAUGAUAUGGUUCGAGUGAAGGCUGCUCUUAACAGGCAAUCAAAAACCCGUCUCAUUGGGCCAAACUGCCCUGGCAUCAUCAAGCCUGGGGAAUGUAAAAUUGGCAUUAUGCCUGGCUACAUUCACAAGCCAGGGCGUAUAGGGAUUGUAUCUCGAUCUGGUACCCUAACAUAUGAAGCGGUUUUUCAAACAACUGCAGUAGGCUUAGGGCAAUCAACUUGUGUAGGUAUUGGUGGGGAUCCUUUUAAUGGAACAAACUUUGUUGAUUGCAUCACCAAGUUUCUUGAUGAUCCUCAGACCGAAGGUAUUGUACUAAUUGGGGAGAUUGGAGGCACUGCCGAAGAGGAUGCAGCUGCUUUAAUAAAGGAAAGUGGAACUGAGAAGCCCGUUGUUGCAUUCAUAGCUGGACUUACUGCACCACCUGGUCGUCGUAUGGGUCAUGCUGGAGCAAUCGUGUCCGGAGGAAAGGGCACUGCCCAAGACAAAAUCAAGACGCUCAGAGAAGCAGGCGUCACUGUUGUCGAGUCCCCAGCCAAGAUUGGUGCCGCCAUGUACGACAUUUUUAAGGAGCGCGGGAUGGUAGAGUAAAAAAGCAUUCCAAGCAUUUUUACGGCAGACAUCCAAGUGAUCUUUCGAUUUAGUGCUGCUUUGAGAUGGCAGUCGCUGAAAUUUAUGGUAUGUUUCUGUUUUUAUUUUUUUGAUAAUCAUGUUCAACGUCAUUUGGUGAGCUCGAAGAGUAGGCAUCUAAUAUUCUUAGUUGCCUAAUAAAAUCUCUCUUUCGUAUAUGAGAACCUGCUCAGCACAACUAUCCGGCUAUUCGAGCCCAUUCGGAGGAAUGUUCCUUUCUUUUUUUAAUACAAAUAGUUGGUUUUUUUGCAUAGA